AUUGCUGCUGGUCUGAUGCUGUCUCUCUUGUCGCAACGACGUCGUAUUCGCAAGCCAUUUUCAAAUCCUUUCCGAUCGCGCCACACUCUCUCUGCGUUGCCACAAAGGAGAAAACGGCCGAAGAGAAUUUGCGACGGCGCAGCAACGGAAUGGAAUACUACGCAUAUAUUUGUGACUUCGAAUCCCACGCUCUCAAUUCUGGAGACCAAAUGCAAAUCCCUCUUCCAUCUCAAGCAAAUCCAGUCGCAAAUGACGGUCACCGGACUGGCUUCCGACGGGCUGGCCUACAGCAGAUUGGUAGCCUUCUGUGCGCUCUCUCCGGCGGCGGAUCUUAAUUACGCGAAGAGAUUGUUGUUCGCGAUGGAGAAUCCGAAUGCGUUUUCGUGGAAUGUAGUGAUUAGAGCCGUCGCUGAUAGCCCCGCUCCAUCGCAUGUGUUUGUUAUGUACAAACAAAUGUUGGCUGCCGGCGCCGGCGCCGGCGGUGGUUUUGGUCUGAGGCCUGAUCGUUAUACUUAUCCGUUGCUGUUCAAAGCCUGCGCGAAUUUGGAGGUCUUUGAUUUAGGGUUUGCGAUUCUGGGGAAUGUAUUGAAAAUGUGCUACGAUAGUGAUGUGUUCGUGAGGAAUGCUUUGAUUCAUUUCCUGGUUUGCUGUGGAGAGCUCGAGGCUGCGCAUAAGGUGUUCGACGAAAGUCCUGUGAGAGACUUAGUUUCUUGGAAUUCUUUGAUCAAUGGCUACGUUAGGAGUGGGAGAGGGGAGGAAGCUCUGAGAAUAUACAGGCGAAUGGAGCUCGAUCCCGACGAGGUUACGAUGAUCGCUGCAGUCGCAGCUUGUGCGCAGCUGGAAAAUUUGGAGCUCGGCCGCGAACUCCACCAGUUCGCCGGAGCUAAAGGGAUGAACAUAACUGUUCGAUUAGGUAAUGCUCUUGUUGACAUGUAUGCCAAAUGCGGCGAUCUUGAUUCGGCGAGGGCAUUGUUUGACGGGAUGGAAGAGAAGACGGUGGUGAGCUGGACGACGAUGGUCGUCGGGUAUGCGAAAUUCGGGUAUUUGGAUUUCGCUAGGAAGGUAUUCGAUGCGAUGCCGGAGAAGGACAUUGUUCCUUGGAACGCGUUGUUGAGCGGUUACAUUAAAGCGCAGCGUGGGAAACAAGCGUUGCGAUUGUUCCAUGAAAUGCAGGCAACGGGAGUCGAGCCGGACGAGGUGACAAUGGUUUGCUGCUUAUCUGCAUGCGCGCAGCUGGGCGCACUCGAUGCUGGAGUUUGGAUUCACGGCUAUAUCGAAAAGCACGCACUCUCGUUGAACGUUGUUCUCGGAACGGCGCUAGUCGAUAUGUACGCGAAAUGCGGGAACAUAAAGAAAGCAUUGCAGGUGUUCCGCGACAUCCCGGGAAAGAACACGCACGCGUACACCGCGAUAAUCGGCGGGCUGGCGCUGCACGGGGUCGCGCAGGACGCGUUAUCGCUCUUCUCCGACAUGAUCGACGCGGGCCUCGCCCCGGACGCGAUAACGUUUCUCGGAGUACUCUCGGCAUGCUGCCACGGAGGGUUAGUCGAGCGGGGGCAAGAGAUAUUCUCCGAAAUGGUCUCCGGGUUCGGGAUUCGUCCGCAGGCGAAGCACUAUUCGUGCAUGGUCGACCUUCUGGGCCGGGCCGGGCUAUUGAAGGAGGCGAUGGCGACGAUCGAAAGCAUGCCGAUGGAGGCGGACGCGGUAAUAUGGGGGGCCAUGUUUUUCGCGUGCCGGAUGCACAAAAACAUCGAGAUCGGGGAGACGGCGGCGGCAAAGCUUAUGGAGCUCGAUCCGGGGGAUAGCGCGAUAUACGUAGUGCUGGCGAGCAUGUACCGGGAGGCGAAUAUGGGGGAGAAGGCAGACGAGGUGAGGAAGACGAUGAAGAUGAGGGGGGUCGAGAAAACGCCUGGAUGUAGCGCGAUCGAGGUCGACGGAAAAGUGUUCGAGUUUGUUGUGAAGGAUGAGUCGCAUCGGCGGCGUCGGGAGAUCUACCAAUGUUUGCUUAGCCUUUCGGGACAAAUGGGUUCUGUCUCUUUGGGUUUGGUUUGGAAAGAUUUAGAUUUUGUAUUUUAGUACUGUAUUUUAUAAUAUAUUUUACGAG